AUGACACCCAUCACUGAAAUCCAAGGUGAUCUCUUCGACGCACCGGAGGGGGUUUCUUUGAUUCACGCGUGCAAUUGUCAAGGGUCAUGGGGCAAAGGGGUUGCCCAGGGUUUUAGGGAAAAAUACCCAGCCGCUUACCGCAUCUUCCGCGCCCACUGUCAACAAUACUUGGCCAAUCCACAAAUACAAACACAGCCCAUUCCCGGCACAGGACCAAACGCCGAUCGCCAACAACCUCGCACUGUCAAAUUACCUGAAGGCACAGCCCUGGUAAAUCUCACCACAGCCAGCAGACUACCAGCCGCGCCCGCAGCCGCGGUCUCACCUGCAAUCACAUUUCCAACUUGGCCCCAGCAGUGUCAGUCGUGGGCGCGGAGAGGUCCAAGACCACCUCCAGCGGGGAAAAAGCAUUGGAUCAUCUGCCUCUUUACGUCGUGGCACUAUGGCCCGCAGAACAGGAGUCCACCAGAUCUCAUUUUGGCCAAUACAGAGCUUGCUGUUGCUGAUCUGAAAAGACAGCUUGCUACUUUUUCCGCUACUGUUGCGGAGAUGGCAGGAGAGGGGCAACCAGGGCAGCUAUGGGGAUGUAGAUUUAAUGCGGGGCUUUUUGGUGUGCCGUGGGAGCGGACAAAAAGGAUGCUGGAGGAGGCGGGGUUGAGGAUGACGAUUGUCAGCCCACCAGGGCAAUAG